CCCACCAGAUUUCAAAUCCCGCACCCCGUCCGCCGCCCCUCGCCGCCAUCCAUGGACGCCGACGACAUGGACGUCGACGAGAUCGACUCCCCCGCCUCCGCCUCCGCCUCCGGCCCCCUCUCCGCCUUCCUCUCCGAGCUCGCCGCCCUCCACCGCCGCGCCUCUUCCUCCUCCACCUCCCCGCCCUUGUCCCUCCCUUCCCUCACCCUCCUCUCCUCCCCGGCCACCGCCGCCUCCCUCUUCCCCCGCCUCGCGGCGGACGGGCUUCCCGCCUCCUCCCUCCUCUUGCCCCUCACCUCCUCCUUCUCAGCCCACCCCGUCCCCGCCCUCACCGCCUACCUCCGCCUCCUGCUAGCCCCCGCCUCCCCCCUUGCAUCCCUCUUCUCCCCGCUCCCCUUCCUCUCCUUCCUCCUCGCCCUCCGCAAGGCCGCCACCGACACCCAUAACCCUAGCGCCGCCUCCGACUCCGGCCCCCGCAAGCGCAAGAACCAGCGCCAGCAAGCGGCCCCGCGGUCCCCGUCUUUCCUUCCGCAGGCCCUCUCCCUGCUCGCCGAUGCCGCGGGGAGGCUGCCGCUCGGGGAGCACCCGGAUGCGCUGAGGUCGCUCAUCGACACCGCCGCCGAGCUCGCGGCCUUCAAUGUCCUUGCGGCCGUCCUUGGAUCUCGCUACCACGCCGAGGCGGUGCAGGAUGUGAUACGCGCGCUGGUACCACUGGUGCUCUCGGGUGCGAAAUCGGCUGCGCGGUCGUCCGCGGUCGAGUUCUUGGUCAGAAAGAUUGUUCCUUUGGGUGCUGAUGAGGAGGGGGAGGAGGAGGGGAUAAGGAAGUUGGUGGGCUACCUGCCGAGGCUUUUGGCGGCGAAGGCACCGGAGAAGUCGGAGGCGAGGGGGCUGGCUGUUGAGGCCAUAGUUGAGGUGGUGCAGGCAAUGGAGCCACUUCAAAGGGAGGGCUUCGCUGCAUAUCUGGUGGCCAUGUCCAGGGGCAAAGCAAAGGGACGGCUGUUUGCUGUGGAUAUGGUCCUGGCAAUGCUGCCGGUGCUGUUGCCGUUGGAAAUCGAUGAUUCUGGUCUCCAGGAUGGCUCUUGGGGGCUCAAGUGUGUCCAGGUGUUGGUGGAGAGGUGUUCGGAUAGUGCUGGAGCGGUCCGGGCUCGGGCCUUGACGAAUGCAGCCCAUGCGCUUGAUGUUUUGUCUGAAAGAGGCGUGGAGGUCGAUCGACUGCAGGAGGUGAUGAAGAUCGGGGACAUGGGUCUUGGAGAGUUGUUGAGGAGAAGGUGCAUCGAUGAUAAGGCUGCCGUCAGGAAGGCUGCACUUGUGCUCAUCACCAAGGCAAUUGGUUUGGUUGGCAGGCCUGUCGAUGAGUCGCUACUUGCUGCAAUGGGGGCUGCGUGCUCUGAUCCGCUAGUCACCAUUCGCAAGGCGGCUCUUGCAGCCAUCUCAGAGGUGUUCCGGAAAUUCCCAGAUGAGAGUGUGACAAAGGAGUGGCUUCAGGCUGUGCCAUCGCUUAUGAUUGAUAGUGAGACCAGUAUCCAGGAGGAAUGUGAGAACUUGUUUCUUGAACUGGUUCUGAACAGGGUCUGCCAAGCUGCCAAUUUGAAACUGGAUGAUGAUUCAGUCAACUUGGAGGAGCUGUUCCCGGACGGGACACUGGAUUUGCUGAAAAGCAUAUGUGAUGGAGAGGUUGUUCCCUGCAUAAAAAGGAUAUGUGCAAGCCUUGGGAAGAAGAAAAAGCUGAGACCACUGCUUGCUAGUUCACUCCAGAAUAUAAUAACAAUAUCUGAAACCUUGUGGUUGAGAAGUUCUAAGCCAAUUGAGAAUUGGACUGCACCAGCUGGGGCUUGGUGGCUUCUUUCCGAGGUCUCCUCAUUUGCGCCUAAAUCAGUUAACUGGAAGUUCCUCUCUCACCACUGGAAACUCCUUGAUAAUGUUGGCCAAGAAGGCAAAGGUAAAGCUUCUUCUGAAGGGGAACCAAACUCUGCGCUCUGGGCUGUGGAUCGUGUUUCCCUCCUGCAAACUAUUUCAAAUGUCUCCAUGGAGCUACCUGUGGAGCCUGCAGCAGAACUGGCACACAGCUUACUCACGCGGAUUGAAAAUUUUGAUAUGAACCUGAGUGAGGUCGAUGCCCAUGUAAAGUCACUGAAAACUUUAUGUAAACGCAAAGCGAAAACGGCAAAGGAAGCUGAAGCACUAAUAAUGAAGUGGGUUCAGCAACUUAUCAAUAAAGCAGUUGAUAGUUUAGAAACCUACAUAAAAGGAACAUCACAAGAUUCCAGGGGUUGUAGCUACAAUACUCCUCUGACUGGCAAAUUUAAGGGAAGAAAGGAGGCAUCCACAUCAAAGGAGAUGUCAGAAGCUGUCAUUGCUGUCUUCACCGUUGGAUCAGUGAUCCUAGCUUGCCCUGAUGCUAGUGUGCAAGGCAUCAUUCCUUUGCUGCACACAGUCAUAACUUCUGGAAACCCCGAGCCAAGACCAACAAUGCUUGCAGGUGGAGCCGUUUCUUUCAAUGAGGUAGCUCCAUCAUUAUAUAUACAGUCGUGGGAUACAAUGGCAAAAAUAUGCCUUGUAGAUGACAAACUAGCAAAACGAUAUAUUCCGCUCUUUGUUCAGGAGCUUGAGCGGAGUGAUUUGGCCACCCUCCGGAAUAACAUCAUGAUAGCAAUGGCUGACUUUUAUGUGCGCUACACAGCACUAGUUGACUGUUAUAUGUCAAAAAUAACAAAAGUGCUGCGUGAUCCCUGCGAAGUAGUACGGAGGCAAACAUUUGUCCUACUCGCGAAGUUGCUGCAGAGGGAUUACGUAAAAUGGAGAGGAGUGCUUUUCCUUCGGUUUCUGCCAUCUUUAGUUGACGAAUCGGAUAAGAUAAGGCAUUUGGCCGACUACCUAUUUGGAAGCAUCUUAAAAGGUUUACUUAUUUCACUCUUGGUAUUCUGUAUCAUUUUCUUAAGUCACUGCAUGCCUAACAUGAACAUAAAUGUUGCAGCCAAAGCGCCACUUCUUGCAUAUAACAGUUUCAUAGAAGCUAUCUAUGUCCUAAACAAUUGCACAGGACAUGGUGGAUAUAGUGAGUCUCAGUCUCAGAGUUCUCAAGGGUCUCAAAGUUCAGACAGAGGACAAACCCUUUUUGCGAUACGGGGAACUGACGAAAGGUCAAGGUCAAAACGAAUGCACAUAUAUGUGUCCUUGUUGAAACAAAUGGCCCCGGAGCACCUUCUAGCUACAUCAGCCAAGUUGUGUGCUGAGAUCUUAGCAGGUGUUUGUGAUGGCUUGCUAAGUGUUGACGAUGCAGCUGGAAGGGCUGUAGUUCAGGAUGCUCUACAAAUACUAGCUUGCAAGGAGAUGCGCAUCCAUCCCAGCAUCCUUGCGGACAAUUCCGAGAUGGAUGACGACGGUGGAGAUGGCGGGACGGCCAACGCCCUCCAGGCGGCCAAAGGGCGGGCGGUGACCCAGGUGGCAAAGAAGAACCUGAUUCAGAUCGCGAUCCCGAUAUUCAUCGAGCUGAAGCGGCUGCUGGAGAGCAAGAACAGCCCUCUGACGGGGUGCCUGAUGGAGUGCCUGCGUGCGCUGCUCAAGGACUACAAGAACGAGUUCGAUGAGAUACUGGUGGCGGACAAGCAGCUGCAGAAGGAGCUCCUCUACGACAUGCAGAAGUUCGAGGCCGGCAAGGGCAAGUCGUCCAGGGAAGGAGAGGCCGCCGGCCCCAGCGGGAGCUCUCCGGCUGCUCCUGAUCCGAGUGACGCGGCAACGAAGGCCACGGCGCGGUCGGUGCUCAAGGAGAUGAACCGGAACGUGCCGACGCCACCGCUGCACACCAUGAGCGUACCCAAGGUGAAGUCGGUGCUGGGCACUGGAGCGCUGAGUGGCUCGCGCCGUCCAGCUAUCCUAGAGUCAGUCAGGCGGCUUGAGCCGUUUGGGUCAGACGAUGAGAAUUAGCAUGCCCACAACUUGCAAUCGAAGGAAAUGGAGUUAACAUUGUUUACCAUUCAAGGUGUGUGCAUGCGAAGCCGCUUUACACGUCAUGAUGUUUACAAGACAGAGCAAGAGCAAAUUUGUGUUCAUUUCAUGGGGCAUUAUGUACUGAGAUGUCAUAUGCACCUGCAAGAGAUUUGAUAUUAUUAGGGAUAGCACUUUCAGAAAUAUGUAACUGUAUCAUGAUGCCAAGAGGGACUACUUUUACUAGGCUCAUCUUCUCAAUGAGUUUCUUUUCUUUUUCUCUUUACUGAUUGAUUCUGUAGAUGUGUAACUGUAAUCGAAUGGUGUCGAGAAAGCUGAAAUAAUUGCAUAAGUGCUGUCUUAACUA